GAGAACUUCAUAUCCCACAAUUUCACUUCCGCAUCCGUGCUGGCCAAAAAUGUAUCUACGGUUGACAACCAGGAAGAAGAAGAAGAAGAGACGAUUCCUCGGAGAGCAUAGCUGCAGACAGUUCUGGAAAUGAAAGGUGUGUGUAUGUGCUCGCUGUAAUAGUGAUGGAUGGAGAACGCCAACGACCAUCUGUGCCAUGGGAGAAUGGUACCCUGACACCUGGGCACCAUCUUUGUAUUGAGAGAGCUGACAGUCCUACACCAGGUUUGGUGGAGGGCACAGAACCAGGUGCAGGUCAGAAAAGCGCCAUGUUUGUCCACGCGCAGUCCUUUGAGGAUCUGACCGCAGAGGCCGAAGAGGCUCGCAGGGAGGCCGAGAUGCUCAAAUCCCAAGAGUGUGGCGAGGGUAUCAGAGCGCUUGUGAAAGAGCAACACAAAAGUCCUUCAGACUGCAGGACCAAAGAGGAAGAUGUGUUCAGCGAGGCAUGGAGGAGCCACAAGAAGCACAUGUUUGUGCUGAGCGAGGCAGGAAAGCCAAUUUACAGCCGCUACGGCACAGAAGAGGCCCUGUCCAGCACCAUGGGAGUCAUGAUGGCCCUCGUAUCUUUUGUCGAGGCCGAGAACAACGUCAUCCGCUCCAUCCAUGCAGAUGGUUGCAAAGUGGUUUUCCUCACCAAGAGUCCACUGGUCCUGGUGGGCGUGUCCCGCACGUGUCUGUCAGACAAAGAGCUGCUGAGAGAGCUGCAGUAUGUCUACUAUCAGAUUGUCAGCCUGCUCACCCUCACCCAGCUCAACCACAUCUUCCAACACAAGCAGAACUAUGACUUGCGUCGCCUGCUGGCCGGCUCCGAGUACCUCACCGAUAACCUUCUGUAUCGGCUGGACCGCGACCCGGGCCUGCUGCUCAGCGCCGUCACCUGCCUGCCGCUGCCCAGCUCGUCCCGGGACAUCAUCUCGUCCAGUCUGCAGGCCGCCAAAUCCAAAAAUCUCGUCUUCUCCAUUCUUCUGGCCGGAGACCGCCUGGUUACUCUGGUUCGGAAAAAGGACCAGUUCCUACACCACAUAGACUUGCACCUGGUCUUUAACCUGGUUGGCUCCUCUUCAUCGUUUCGAGAGGGAGAAGGCUGGACGCCUAUCUGUCUGCCAAAGUUCAACACCGCGGGAUUUUUCCAUGCUCACAUUUCCUAUUUGGAACCUGCUUCGGAGCUGUGCCUUAUCCUGGUCUCAACUGACCGAGAGGACUUUUUCAACAUGUCUGACUGCAAGCAGAAGUUUCUCGACAGGCUGAAUAAGCGCAGUGCUUAUCAAGCCCUGAAGGAGGCGCUCAAGUCUCGCAGCUAUUCGGUGGAUCAAGUGGGCAUUCCUGAACUCAGGCACUUCAUGUACAAAUCAAAGAGCUCUGGGCUGUAUACCAGUCCAGAGUUUCCUCUGUUGUACCAGUCCGAGGAAGAGCAGGAGAGGCUCAUGGCUUCGUACCAGGACCUUCACAGUUACGUGCACCAUCCGACACGACCCGUACGCUCCUACUACCGCUGUGGUGAAACUGAAAACAUGAUGGCAUGGGUGACUAGUGGCUUUGAGCUUUACCUGUGCUUCAGUCCCCUGGGCACAAAGGCGUUGGCCGUUUCGGCUGUCAACAAACUACUGAAAUGGAUUAGGAAGGAGGAGGAUCGACUCUUCAUCCUGAGUCAUUUAACGUACUGACGUUUGUCUGUGUAAAGCCUGAACAUGUUUCGGGUUUAUGCCUAAAUUCAGUAUCAAAGCUAUGCACGCCUAGUUGCCAUUAAAUUAACAGUAAAAGCAGGUAUAUGGCUGAGAUUUUUUUUUUUAAAGCCAUAUCUUAUUUUUAUUACUUUUAGUAUGGUUAAGAACUGUUUGUAGCACCCACAACACACCUUACAUGACUUACAAAAGUUUUUAACUCGAACUCUCCUGUACCACAUCAGUGAUAACUGGAAUUCUUCUAUUGUAACGAUGAGUAACUGCAUUCCUGUUUUUGUUUUGCAUAUGAUGACCGUUAAUUGGGACGACCACGAUCAUACUUACAUUAUGGUAUGUUCAUGCAUGAAAUGACACUUCACAGAAACGUCAUGGAUCACAAUUGUGGGUUGUAUGAACUGUAAGGUCAUCAGUUUCUUGUGUGUUUUAAUUAGAAUACCGCUGCACUUACGUAUCGAUGAAAAUGCUUUAAUCAGUUUGCAUUUGAGUAAACUUCAUCUCUUUUGGUCCACAUUUUUAUGCUUUAACUGAUGGCAAAGUUCAAAGGCAAUUAAAUGAUUUAGGACCGUAAAUAAAAUAAAAAAAAAUACUGUGUAUAAAUAAAAGUAUUAAACAGUG